GAGAGAGAGAGAGAGAGAGAGAGAGAGAGAAAACGCACAUCCACCUGGUGUCCCGCGCGCGCACAGGAGGCAUCUCGUGGCGAAGCAGCACGACGCACCGGACACCGUUUUCCUGCUGAGUGCCGUCAGAUAGAAGAAAGAACCGACACAUUCCGCGGCGGGUUCGGUUCGUGGCGUUCUGAGAUGUACCGGGUUCCGGCGUGGACGAGGCUGCCGCCUCACAGGACACUUUAUUCCGUCUGCUGCCGCCCCGGAGUGACGAGAUGUUCGGCGUAAUAUGGAUGUACCCGACAAACACCACGCGCAUUCAGAAGAACAGUGAAAGUGCAGGAAAGGACAAAGCCAACAUUCUACAAACCUAUGAUUGGAUGUGAGCUCGUAUUGACCUGAGAACAUUAAAAUGGAGUUGCUAUGGAAACUUAUACUGCUGCUGUCACUGGUAGAGAGUUUGUCAGGAAGUGGAGUCCUGCUGAAGCCCAUGUUCACGAAACAACCUGGCAGUGUGGUGUUUCCUUUUCAGCCCGGCGAGAAUCGCAGAGAGGUGGUGUUCAGCUGUGAGGCCCAGGGGCACCCGCCACCCUCCUACAGGUGGAAGUUAAACAACACUUUCCUCCAGCCCAGACCAGGAUCCAGAUACUCUCUUAUAGGUGGAAACUUGCACAUCAACCACCUGAAUAAAGAAGAAGAUGUUGGCAUCUAUCAGUGUCUGGCAUCAAACUCCUUUGGCACGAUUGUCAGCAGAGAAGCCAGUCUGCACAUCGCAUAUUUGGAAAAUUUCAAGACUCAGAGAAGAAGUCCAGUGAGGGUCCGCGAGGGUCAAGGAGUCGUCCUGCUGUGCGGCCCACCGCCCCACUCUGGAGAACUUACCUUCACAUGGAUCUUCAACGAGUACCCAUCGUUUGUCAUUCAGGACACACGGAGAUUUGUUUCCCAGAAUACAGGCAACCUUUAUAUUGCCAAAGUGGAACCCUCUGAUGUUGGCAACUACACAUGUGUAGUUACAAACACAGUUACUAAAAGCAGUGUUGAAGGACCACCGACACCUCUAGUGCUGCGGGUUGAUGGUGUAAUGGGUGAAUACGAGCCAAAGAUUGAAGUGCAAUUUCCAGAAGUCAUUCCUGUUGCCAAGAGCUCCACUGUGCAGCUAGAAUGUUUUGCACUUGGAAACCCGGUGCCAAUGAUCAGCUGGAGACGAGUGGAUGGAGCCUCCUUUGGCAGGAAGGUGGACAUAAACCGAGCCAGUGGAGUUUUGGAGAUCCCAUACUUCCAACAAGAGGAUGCAGGAAUCUAUGAAUGUGUGGCAGAAAACAGCAGAGGAAGAAACUCUGUUAAAGGAAAACUAUCUUUCUAUGCUGCCCCUCACCUGACUGACAAGCCUCAGGAUGUCCAGAAGACCAUCGAUGACACGCUAGUGUGGGAAUGCAAGGCCAGCGCAAAGCCCAAGCCAUCUUUCCGCUGGCUCAAGAACGGAGAGCCUCUGGACCCCAUGGAGGACAGAGUUCAGGUGACUAACGGCGUGCUGACCAUCAGCAGCUUGACUCUGGCUGACAUCGGCAUGUACCAGUGCGUGGCGGAGAAUAAGCACGGCCGACUCGUCACCAAUUCUGAGCUCAGAGUCGUAGCCAUCGCUCCAGACUUCUCCCAGAACCUGUUGAAGGCUCAGACGCUGGCCCGACAGGGUGGUGAUGUGUUGAUCGAAUGCAAGCCCAGGAUGUCUCCUCGGGGCGUGAUCUCCUGGAGGAAAGGAAAGGACGCCCUCAGAGAAAGCCACAGAGUUACUGUGUUGGACAAUGGAAGCCUGCGCAUUUCCAACAUCACCAAAGCGGACGCUGGUCUCUACACGUGUGUCGCCAGAAACCAGUUUGGCGUAGCAAGCAGUGCUGGGAGCCUCUUGGUUAAAGAGGCGACUGUGAUCACCAGUCCGGCCGGUCAUCUGGACGUGACGGUGGGUGAGAGCAUCAUACUUCCCUGCCAGGUUUCUCAUGACCCUACGCUGGAUCUCAAGUUCACCUGGUUCUUCAACGAGCAGCUCAUACACUUUGGAAGCCACGGCACCUACUUCAAAAAAGUUGGCAGUCGGUCAGCUGGGGACAUCAUGAUCCAGAAUAUUCAGCUCAGACAUGCUGGGAAGUAUACGUGCGCCGUCCAGACCAAAGUGGACAGCGUUUCUAUCGCCACCGAUGUGGUCGUCAGAGGUCCUCCAGGCCCCCCUGUGGACUUUCAGGUGACAGAAAUGACAGAAACCACCGCGUCUCUCUCAUGGGGACCCGGGCUGGACAACCACAGUCCUGUCCUCAGCUACACCAUCCAGGCCAGGACGCCUUUCUCUCUCGGGUGGCAAGCGGUUACCACGGUUCCUGAGGUGCUGAGGGGGAAGCAAGUGUCAACUACCAUUGUUGACUUGAGUCCUUGGGUGGAAUAUGAGUUUCGAGUCCUGGCAACCAACAGCGUAGGAACAGGAGAACCCAGCAAACCGUCCACGAAGGCGCGCACCAAAGAAAUGCUUCCCAGAGUAACUCCAGCCAGAGUGAGUGGAGGCGGUGGAGGUCGGUCAGAGCUGGUCAUCACUUGGGAGCCCGUUCCUGAGGAGCUGCAGAGCGGUCCAGGCUUUGGUUAUGUGGUGGCUUUCCGCCCGCUUGGAGCACAAGGGUGGAUGCAGGCUGCCGUCACAUCCCCAGAUGCCUCUAGAUACGUCUUCAAGAAUGAAAGCAUCCCUCCUUUCUCCCCCUAUCAAGUCAAAGUCGGGGUUUACAACAACAUGGGAGAAGGCCCAUUUAGUCCUGUGUCCACCAUCUACUCAGCUGAAGAAGAGCCCAGCAGAGCCCCUGGGAGGUUGAGGGCAAGGAGCAUAUCAGCUUCUGAGGUGGAGGUCACCUGGAAGCCACUAGCUUGGAGCAACAACCGCAGACGCAUCCUGGGCUACGAGUUGAGGUACUGGGGCGAUGGAGGCAAGCAGGACACAGCCAGCGUGAUCAGGACGGUGGGAAACAAAACCUCACUGCUCGUAAGGGAUCUGGAAGGCAGCAGCACCUACUUCAUGUCCUUGCAGGCCUACAACAGUGCCGGAGUGGGACCGCAUAGCAACAUCGUCAAUGUCACCACAAAAAAACCACCUCCAAGUCAGGCGCCUGGAAAAAUCAUGUGGAACACUUCGAAUUCUAAGGUCAUCCUGAAAUGGGACCAAGUGCACGCUUUGGAGAAUGAGUCAGAGGUUACAGGAUAUAAGGUGAUGUACAGACAGGACAAACACAGCCGUCCCAGUGUGGUGGAGACCAACACCACCUCCUUGGAGUUGUCGCUGCCAGUCAACCAGGAGUACGUAAUCCAGAUUAAGCCUUUCAGUGAGGGAGGGGAAGGCAGCAGCAGCCGCCAGAUUACUAUCCCGAAGAUAGCAGGAUCUAUAUCGGUGGGAGCAGCUCCGCAGCAGUCUGCUUGCCCCUUGGUUACCCUCGCUGCCCUGAUCCUCACAACCAGGACUUUACUAUGACAAACAUCUGCUGGACCCAGAACCCACAGCUGCUUAUAUAGAGGA